CAUAAAUGGAUUUUUUGGUAGUGAUAUUGAGACUUUUUUUUCUCCCUCUAAGAUUACAACCAUCUCCCAAAGUAGAGUAUAGUCAGUAAAGAAGAAGGGUUUCUUGUCCAGUGUAGGACAUUUGGGUGUUAAGAGACUUACUUACUGAAAUUUGGCAUAAAACACAGGGGUUGUAAACUGAAGGAGCAAUAGAAUCAUUCCCAUUACUUUGUUGUUGUUGCAAUAUUUCACUGAAUAACUUAAAACAGAACGAACACACACACACAAACACACACACAUCACAUUGGCUUCUUGUAUUUAUAAUCCAUCUGUUGUAGUUUUUGCAUGGGUGUAUGGAACUGCAAAAUUAAACUGACUAAUCUAUUUUCACUGUCCAAUUUGAGUGGAAUCCAAAAGUAAAAAAAAAAAGCAUCAAGGAAGAAAUUAAACUAAAUUUUUUUCCAUUUCAAUCUUGCCUGACACAAGUAACAGGUGAAGUUAUUUGUUAAACAUUUAUUUUUUUUAACUUGACCAUGUCCCUUUUAGAGUUAAAGUAUUUGCUUGCCUGAAAAUGUCUCUGGAAAUGAGCUGGGUAGAGAGGAGGUGAGAGACUAAGUGGAAGAUUUUCUGCCAAUAAGAAUCUGAGAUUGGUCCAAAAACAUGAGUGAUAAAUGCUGUAAUCGAGACAAAGGCAGGGACUAGGAAACAACUGAGGUAGGACAUUUCUUUAUAGCAUAGUAGCUCAUGGAAUCCUCUCUGCUUUGUUUUUACAGAAGUAAGUGUAACUCCCCUAAUGUUCAUGCCCUAAUCCUGUUGGAGCGGAGAAUCAGAAACCAUGCAAGCUGCUGUUCUGCUACUUUAUCAGUGAUGGACUACAAGUGAUGUUUGUCCACAAUUUCAGCCUGUGCACGUCUGCGGAAGCACUUUAUGUAGAGGUCCAGUCUGUCAUUUCGACCGUCAGGAGGAGUUCACACAGAGUUCUUCUUCUUGUAGUGUUGGUAGGAGGGUUCCUGUGGGUCAGUGCACUGUUCAGUGGUGUGUUGAAAAUAUUCCUUGAGUCGGAGACGACAAAAGAUGCUGAUCAGGUGGUUCCUCAGUUUCUUUGAGAGUGUGGCCACCAUGGAUGUAGAAGCACUUUACACCAAUAUUCCACAUGAGGAUGGACUACAAGCUGUCAGGAACAGUAUCAUUGAUGAGGCCACAGCACUCCUGGUGGCUGAGCUUUGUGACUUUGUACUCACCCACAACCACUUCAGAUUUGGGGACAACUUAUACCUUCAAGUCAGUGGCACUGCUAUGGGUACCCGCAUGGCCCCACAGUAUGCCAACAUUUUUAUGGCUGACUUAGAACAACGCUUCCUCCGCCCUCGUCCCCUAGUGCCCCUCCUCUACUUGCGCUACAUUGAAGACAUCUUCAUCUUAUGGACCCACGGAAAGGAGGCCCUUGAAGAAUUCCACCUGGACUUCAACAAUUUUCACCCCACCAUCAACCUCAGCCUGGACCAGUCCACACAAGAGAUCCACUUCCUGGACACUACAAUGCAAAUAAGUGAUGGUCACAUAAACACCAUAUACCAGAAACCUACUGACCGCUAUACAUAUCUCCAUGCCUCCAGCUUCCAUCCAAGACACAUCACACGAUCCAUUGUCUACAGCCAAGCCCUAAGAUACAACCGAAUUUGCUCCAACCCCUCAGACAGAGACAAACACCUACAAGAUUUUUAUCAAGCAUUCGUAAAACUACAAUACCCACCUGGGGAAGUGAGGAAACCGAUUGACAGAGCAAGACGGGUACCCAGAAAUCACCUACUACAGGACAGGCCCAACAAGGACAAUAACAGAACACCACUGGCCAUCACGUACAGCCCCCAGCUAAAACCUCUUCAGCACAUUAUCCAUGAUCUACCACCUAUCCUGGAAAACGAUCCCUCACUCUCACAGACCUUGGGAGGCAGGCCAGUCCUCGCUUACAGACAACCCCCCAACCUGAAGCAAAUACUCACCAGUAACUACACACCACACCACAGCAACACCAACCCAGGAACCAAUCCCUGUAGCAAACCUUGUUGCCUACUCUGUCCCCAUAUCUACAUCAGAGGACCCAACCACAUCAGCCACACCAUCAAGGGCGCAUUCACCUGCACAUCCACUAAUGUUAUAUAUGCCAUCAUGUGCCAGCAAUGCUCCUCUGCCAUGUACAUUGGCCAAACCGGACAGUCCCUCCGCAAAAGAAUAAAUGGACACAAAUCGGACAUCAGGAAUGGUAACAUACAUAAGCCAGUAAGUGAACACUUCAAUCUCCCUGGUCAUUCUAUUACAGAUUUAAAAGUCACUAUCAUUGAACAAAAAAAACUUCAGAAACAGACUUCAAAGAGAAACAGCAGAACUAAAAUUAAUUUGCAAAUUUAACACCAUUAAUCUGGACUUGAAUAGGGACUGGGAGUGGCUGACUCAUUACAGAAGCAGCUUUUCCUCUCCUGGAAUCGACACCUCCUCAUCUAUUAUUGGGAGUGGACUACAUCCACCCUGAUUGAAUUGGCUCUGUCAACACUGGUUCUCACUUGCGAAGUAACUCCCUGCGUCAGUAUAUAAUGCCUGCAUCUGUAACUUUCACUCUAUGCAGCUGAAGAAGUGAGGUUUUUACCCACGAAAGCUUACGCCCAAAUAAAUGUUAGCCUUUUAAGGUG